AUGCCGGACCACAAGGCAAAAGUUUUUACCGCUCGGCCACGGUGUACGGAGACCCCCAGCGGCUGCCCAUCGACGACCAACCCCUACGGCAAGACCAAGUUCUUCAUCGAGGAGAUGAUCAGCGACCAGUGCAAGGCCAAUGAGGACUGGAAUGCAGUUCUGCUGCGGUACUUCAACCCGAUCGGAGCUCACAUCAGCGGCCUCAUCGGAGAGGAUCCUCAAGGCAUCCCCAACAACUUGCUCCCAUACGUUGCACAGGUUGCCAUUGGGAGAAGAGAGCACCUCAGUGUGCAUGGUGAUGACUACGACACACCUGAUGGGACAGGUAAUAGAGAGCACCUCAGUGUGCACGGUGAUGACUACGACACACCUGAUGGGACAGGUAAUAGAGAGGGGCUGGUGUCCAAAAUCAGCAAAUAACCUUCAGUGAUGCGG